GCACUGGAACAGCAGCAUCCACACUUAAUAAAAAUUAAUGACCGGAUUGAUAAAAAAAUUACCAUAUUUGUGAAACAACUAUCUGUGGUAUGCCAUUUUCAUUUUGAUUUUCCAGUCCAGCAGUCGAAGAUUUAUUAAAAAGAGCUAAAAUAUUGGAAGAAAAGUGUCUUCACCAGAGGCCUGAGUAAUUUAUGGUUAAGAUUGUCUGAUUAGAACCCAACCUGUCAGUGUAUUUUACAUCUAGGGUGUAGCUACUGGGAUAGGGGAGGAAAAUAAAGGGGUCUGCUUUCCAAAUAAUAAUGAUCACUCCCAAUGAUUUUUUUCCUUCUGCACACAAAUUUCUCACAUCAGAGUAACUUUAAAAAUCAGUUGAGCAUUUACAGUUGAAUAGUCUUGACAUCCAAAGAAAAGUGAUAGUUUUACCACAAGAACUCAAAUGCAGCGAAAAGAAAGAGAUGUAGCUGAGAACAUUUCAAUGUCUCACUCUGCAAUACUAGAAAGGACUUUGGGAUGGGGGGUAGAAUAGGCACAUACAGUUGUCAGGGUGCAAUAAAGAACAGCAUCAUCAAAGCUGGUCUUUUCGCAACCUGACUACAAGAGGACAGAGGAAGGAGACCAUUUGGCGGGAUAGGCUGAUUUAUGACAGGGUCUGGUCUUCAAACGUGGGAAAGGACAAAAGGAAAGGGAGGUGUGGAUGGAGAAGGAGGAGGGGGGAGGCAACAACCCCAUAUACUGAGGGGAAAAGCGGAAGAGGGUCAGUAAAAGCUUUUGCAGUCAUCUUGGCAAGGCGGAUUCAAUAAAGUUUUCCAUUGCGACCAGCGGUGUGAGCCUAUUUCUUGGGUCCUACACCUUCCAGGAACGGACAUUAAGCUUUUACUCCCUUUUUUUUCCGGCUCAUCCCGUGAGGAAAGGUCUCUCCGGUGAGAGCAUGAACCCUGAUGGAGGAGAAACCAUGAAGGAAUUCCUCUUCCUGGAAGAAGAACAGGCGAACCCUCGAGGUGCAGAGGAGUUGAGAGAGGAAAGGAACCCAUCGCCCGCGUUGAGCGAAGGGGGGACAGACCCCUCGGACCCGUCGUGGAAGCCGCUGACCUCCACCCAGUUACCCGCAGGCAGGGGAGUGACGAUGGAUCUGAUGCAGCGGCAGGUAAACGAGUCCUGGAGGGCGACAGUCGAGCAACGGGAGCAGAGGAGAGGGCUGCCCGGGAGAGGCACUGAACCCCGUCCCUUUGCCGGGGAGGGUCCACAGGACUAUGAGGACGAGAUGCCUCGGCAGGGGACAUCAGUUUUCCCCACAGGCCUGUCGGGAAGGAGCCAAAUGCCUGAGAAGGGAGAAUUUCGGGUGAAGUUCAACGGGGACCCCAAACAGCUGUCUUAUUUCAUUACAAACGUAAGACACUUCAUGGAGGAUUUUGGGGACCAAUUCCCUUCAGAAAGCGCAAAAAUCCACACGGUGGGGGCAAACUUGAAAGAAGCAGCUGCAGACUGGCUAAUGCAGAUGUAUGAUACUGGUGCCCGGGAGCUAGCCUGCCUGGAGGAUUUCCUAAGAGCCCUCCGUGAGAGAUUCGAAGACCCUUUGGCAGAGGAGAGGGCGAAGGCCCAACUCAAAAGGAUAUACCAGGGAGGAAGGACAGUGUCAGAAUACGCCCUGGAAUUUAAAGCCACAGCGGGGAAGAUUAGGGACUGGUCCGACACCACCAAACUGGAAUAUUUCAGGGCUGUUUUACGCUCUGAGGUGCUCGAGUGGGCUUUACACAGAGGAAAUCCAAGAGACUUGGAGGACUGGAUUUUGCUGGCGGGGCGCGUGGAGGUGGACCAACAGCAAAUCUCUCGUCGUCCAAGGGAGAGCAACAGAAUCAAACCCCCGACAGCAGCAACACGGCGCUUCUCCCCUCGUCGCGGAAGGUCGACCAGCAGGGAGAGGAGAGCAGGGAGGGGGGCCUGCUUCGCUUGCGGCCGCGAGGGACAUCGAGCGGCAGAGUGUCCGAAAGGGACAGGCGUGGAGACAAAAGGAGAGAGGCUUCACAGCCAGAAGCCGCCCCACCAAAACUCCAAACUAGCAAAAGGGAAAGCUGCCAUGGCAACGGAAACGGCUUUAGCCCCAGGGCAGCUUCAGGCAGAAGAGAUGGAGGAAGCGGAGGACCUGGAGUUACCGGGAAACGACCGGGAUCUGUUUUGA